UGAAUUCCCAAAUGUAAGGUUUUCGCCCAAAAUAUGGUGCAACCCAAACCAUUUUUUGCUACUAGCCUUAGGUAGCGGCCCAUUUAAGCUCCAUGAGUACCAACCAGUUCUGCUGCUGCUGCAUCUGCCUUUCAUUAAUUCAUAAUUCAUCAUUCAACAUCUGAGAAGAAGAACCUCUCCAUUCUUCCUUUGGCUUUUCUUAGAACGAUGGCUCCUUCUGCUCUCAAUCAUGAUUGUUGCCCCGUCAUAAAAAAUAUACUUCUAUUGGAUUCAGAAGGAAAGCGUGUUGCCGUUAAGUACUACUGUGAUGAUUGGCCUACGGACAGUGCUAAGCUCGCCUUUGAGAAGUCUGUCUUCACAAAAACUCAAAAGACAAAUGCUCGCAAUGAAGCGGACAUAACACUGCUUGAGAACAACAUCAUUAUCUUCAAGUUUGUUCAAGAUCUUCACUUCUUUGUAACUGGAGCUGAUGAUGAAAAUGAGCUGGUUUUAGCAACUGUUCUCCAAGGUUUUCACGAAGCAGUGACAGUUCUUCUCAGGAACAAUGUUGACCACCGGGAGGCGCUUGAAAACUUAGAUCUGAUCUUUUUGUGCCUUGAUGAGAUUGUUGAUGGAGGGAUGGUUCUUGAAACUGAUGGUAAUGUCAUUGCUUUAAAAGUCGCUAGUCACAAUGUGGAUGAUGGGACAUCCUUGUCUGAACAGACGAUAUCUCAAGCAUUGGCAACUGCACGUGAACAUUUGACAAGAUCACUUCUCAGAUAGAUGAAGAAUAUUCAUUGUCUGAAGUUUAAUCACUUCUCAAGAUCACUGAUAGAUCAUGAUCACUUAUAGAUUCGUUUGACAAGAUCACUUCUCAGAUAGAAGUAUAUUCACUGUCUGAAGACUUAUGGAUUUGUUUUAUUCUUUAAGGAUAUUCAUGAUUUUUUGUAUGCCCCACACCCCUAUUUAAAGCCUAAUUUCGGAUUUGCGAAAUUUACUUGGAUCUUUUUAAAAAAUAAUUUGUCAGUAUGUAUAGUUGUAAGAAUUUCAAAGCGAGUUUGAAGAAAUAUCUAAAAU